AAAGCGAACACAAACACGCCUGUGGUGUUUCAAAAAGCAGCGUAAAAACAAGAAAUAACGUGUGAAUUAUGGAAAGUGAGAAUGGGAAUGUAGCUGUUAUGGACUGCGAAAGUCAGUGCAAUGCGGAGGAGCAAGCAUAUUUGCAGUUGAUUCGGGAUAUUAUCGAUAAAGGAAGCAAGCGGCUCGAUCGGACAGGCGUCGGCACUUUGUCAAUAUUCGGCAGUCAAAUGCGAUUCAGUCUUCGGGAUGGAGUCAUUCCGCUGUUAACCACGAAAAAGGUAUUCUUUAGAGGCGUUGCUGAAGAACUGCUUUGGUUUAUCAAGGGUUCAACAAAUGCCAAGGAACUACAGGAUAAAGGGGUUCGUAUCUGGGAUGGCAACAGCACUCGCGAAUAUUUAGAUUCGUGCGGUUUUACAGAUCGAGAGGAAGGUGAUUUAGGUCCAGUUUACGGCUUUCAGUGGCGUCACUUUGGUGCAAAAUACAAAACAUGCCACGACGAUUAUGCCGGACAGGGAAUUGAUCAGCUGGCAGAAGUGAUAUACAAAAUAAAAAACAAUCCUUAUGAUCGUCGAAUCAUUAUGAGUGCUUGGAAUCCUUCCGAUAUUCCCAACAUGGCCCUACCGCCUUGUCACUGCUUGGCACAGUUUUUUGUUGGUGAUGGAGAGCUGUCUUGCCAGAUGUAUCAACGAUCGGCCGAUGUAGGCUUGGGUGUGCCGUUUAACAUUGCUAGCUACUCCUUGCUAACCCAUAUGAUCGCGCAUGUCACUGGUCUGAAGGCAGGAGAAUUUAUUCAUACUACUGGUGACACCCACAUUUAUCUGAACCAUGUCGAUGCUCUUCGCGAACAAAUAGAGAGGACCCCCAGUAAGUUUCCGUCUCUCGUAAUAAACCGUAAGGUAGAUUCAAUCGAUGAUUUUAAUUUUUCUGAUUUUGAGAUAGUGAAUUACAAUCCGCAAUCUGCUAUAAAAAUGAAAAUGGCAGUGUAAAGUUAACCUACAUUUCAAUUCCAUUACUAAAUUUUAAUAUCAUAUAAAUUUUCAUUCCUACGAAACCGUUUUAUUUUAUUUGUUAUUACUACGGUGCAAGAUUACACGACUUAACAUACGAUUACCAGUCAAAACUGCUUUUUUGUCUACAAUUCGGCGAACCAGGAUAUCUGAACGAAAUAUUCAAUAAAACGAAAUAUUCACAUGCA